CUGUCAGUUCUGCUGUCCUGUCAUGUCAUGUCGUCUGAUGUCAUCAGCUUAGUACAUUUUCUUGAUUAUUUAUUCAAAAUAUAAUAUGUUUAACGUUAAUUUUAGCAUUUAGGCCACAACUUUAUGUACACAAUAAGCAAAAUGUAUAAAUAACAUAAAAUAUUAGGAGUUCUACUCGAUUUUCUAAAAUAUUCAUGUGACAUAUUACCUUCAAGGUUGGACGUUUGGUAUCAAACUAUCAUGUUGCCUUCGGUGGCCGCUAAGUGUUUCUAUAGAAAUCUAAGUAGACAUUCUAUUGAAAUAAAAUACUUAUAUUCAUUAUGCUCUGGGGCUCCCAGAGUGUGGCGACAAGGCAUUUUCCACGAUGGCAAGGACCGCUGGAGAUGUGUGCAUACUUCAUCAUACCUGUUGGAUAAACCAAAAUCCAAAAAUGCGCUUCAGUCUGAAAAGUCACCAGCAGCUACCGAAAAGGCCAAUCAAGUAAUAAAACAAAGUGUCACUGGAGACAUCAUAGUCAAGACAGAAACUGAUGCAAACAAAAUUGUGACUAAAGUUACUAUUGAGAAGAGUAAGCCCCCAGAUAAGCCAGCAGAUGUAGCACAACCGAAACCAGUAAAAAAACGGCUACUUAUUGACUUCUCUGCGUCAUACACGGAGAGAAACUUCAUAACACCUAUGAGAGCUAUGACAGAAUAUUUGCUAAAGCAGAGUGAUUUGGAGUCAUUGCCAAAAGUUCUCAGGAGGUCACCAUAUGAAUCAGAACCACCAAUAACAGUCUAUUAUCGCAAGGAUGUUGAAGCUAAGGCUUUUGAGGUAUGGGGUUCGAAAGAAGCUCUUGAAAAAGAGUUAUUGAGAAGAGAACUAGACAGAAGAAGAUAUGAACAAGAUGUGUUCACGGUGAAAAGGCGGCUAAGAAAUUAUAGGAGAGAAAUGAGCCACAAACGUUUGAAACAUGGAAUAGAAGAGUUAGGAUUAAAGACUAGAUCUGGGAGGGUUGUACUUACAGCCGUGGGAAUAAACUGCUGUAACUUUCUGUUUAAGCUCUGUGCAUGGUUCUAUACUGGGUCUCACAGCUUAUUCUCUGAAUGUAUCCAUUCUCUUGCGGAUACUGUGAAUCAGCUGAUUCUGGCAUAUGGUAUACACAAAUCAGUUCAGAUGGCAGACCCUGCUCAUCCAUAUGGCUACACAAACAUGAGAUAUGUCUCAUCCCUGAUAUCCGGUGUUGGGAUAUUUUGUGUAGGAUGUGGCUUAUCUUUCUAUCAUGGAGUUUCUGGCAUAAUUGACCCCCAACCCCUCCAUGAUUUUUACUGGGCUUAUUUCGUUCUUGGAGGCGCGGUUGUAUCAGAAGGGGCUACCUUAAUGGUAGCAUUAAAUGCCAUUCGAAAGGGCGCUAGGGAAGCGAACACGUCAUUAUAUGAAUACAUAAUGCGUAGCUCGGAUCCAUCGGUAAACGUGGUACUGUUGGAAGACACUGCCGCCGUUGCUGGCGUGGUUCUCGCCGCUGGGUGCAUGGCAUUGUCCCAGUACACCGGUAACCCCCUCUAUGACGCUGUUGGUUGUAUUUUAGUAGGAACCUUACUGGGCGGAGUUGCAUCUUUUAUUAUUCUAACAAAUGUAGGGGCUCUGGUGGGCAGAUCAAUACCCCAAGAGCAGUUGGACCAGAUAAACAGUGUUUUGGAAAGAGAUUUUAUGAUAAGAGCUAUUCAUGACGUCAAGGGCAUAGAUAUAGGCAGUAAUCUAAUAAGAUAUAAGGCUGAAGUUGAUUUCGAUGGCAGAGCUCUUACGAGGUCCUACUUGGAGAAACACGACUUGAAUACGUUAAUAGAGGACAUGAAAAAAGUAGUAACCAUUGAUGAUGUUGAAGCUUUCUUACUGAAACAUGGUGAAAAUAUUGUGGACAUGCUAGGCGGAGAGAUCGACAGAAUAGAAUUAAAACUACGGAAAAAGUUCCCACAAAUUCGGCACUGUGAUUUAGAAAUACUUUGAAAUGUUACUUUGAUGAACUGCUUGCAUAUAGUAUGAUAGCUGCAAACUAGUCAAAUGGUUAUAGUCUCCGCUAAAGAUGGCGACAAUUUGAGAAGGACUCCAAUCAGCAGUGCAAAUACUACUCAAGACACAUUAUACAAACACAAUGUCUCGUUGCUCCGAUUGUGACACUAUCAAAAAUUGUUUUGAAAAAAUCAAUAAAUGCCCAGUAAACUUAUCGUAGUUGUCUUAUAAUCGUAGGAAUAUAAAAAGCCAGCUUUGCUUCUUUGUAAAUAUAAUUCCUAUUUUCACCUAUGGAGCAUUGGUGCUAAAUAGUACCCGAUCAAUAAUUGUCCAGUUUGAUAUUAUUGUUGAAUUCCCUAACAGUAGGUAGUUAAACCUACCUACUGUUUUAAGGGUUUCAUUUUUUAUAAUUGCACAUUAUUCUUGGCAGCAUUGGUUGGCACGCUGGCGCCCACUAGUGGUGUACGUUGACAUGGCACAGUUAAGUGUUUUUGAAACUAACAUCUUCUUGGCACAUAAAUUUCUCAGAAAGAAUAAUCUAAAAAGUAGAUUUGAGAAUUCCGCUAAAAGCUCACAAUGGAAUCGCGUACUUCGCCACUAAUAUAUGUAUAGGUUUGAUAAAGAUUAAGAUAAGUUUGGUUUUGGGUACUCAAUGAAUUGAUUGACAAUGUAUCUAGUAGGUAAGUACAGCUCGUUUAUUUUCCACUUCUUAUGACGGUUACCACUCCUGGCACGUCCUUUAUUUACACGACCAGAAAGGUGUUUUAAGUCAAGUUCUAUCUAUAAAUUAUUCAGAGGAUUGAAUGACAUUAUAAAGAUGUCUUUACCGAAUUCGGUUUCUUUAUAGAAUUAAAAGUUUCCAUAAUUGUUAUGUUUUAAAGAUAAAUUCUAACACUUAUUUUCUUUUGGCCAUUAGGCCCUAUCUAAGGGGCUGCGGUUUGAUUAGCGCUAUAGAAUCUUAGGCGCGGUAACAUAUUACCUAUAUAGAAGUAUUAGGGCUGUUUACACUAUAUAGAAGUAUUGGCCGCUCGGUUUGGUUUGCUGCGCGUUCUGCGAUUGUCGAUAAAUUAUUAGGUACUGGAUAAAUUGCAGCGUGGUAUUUGCGUGCUUAAAAAAUAGUACUGCUUUAGAGCAUGAAAAGGAAGCUUCAUUAUAGUAUGUGAUGGUCAAGGAUGUUAAUUAGAUGUUCAUUAUAAUUUUAUCUAGAUUGGAAGACAUUCCAAAUCAAUUGCUCCUAGUGCACUUGUAGGCAGUACUCUUCACUUUUAUUGUAACAUUGUGCCUUGAUUUUCAUUAGUCUCAAAUUAGUUUCCUGAUUAAUUGUUGUAUUUCUCUGUGAUCUAGGAAUGUAUUUUAUGUAUGUAAUCUAUAGUUAUAUAAGUACUGCAUAGGCGUAAACGUAAUUUGUAAGCCCCGUCUGUUCUGUAUUUGUGUAAAUAAACUGUUACAAUAUAUAAA